GUCUCGGCCGCCAGGGGGCGAGCUGCCCGGGCAGGGAGGGAGGUCGGCCGACGCGCCUGCCCAGUCCGUCGGGGAGCGCGGCGGCCGCCGUCCAGGCCAGGGAAAAGCGGAGCGGCAGCGCCUGCUGCAGCCUGGAAGACCCGGAUGUGAGCGCGGCGCGGCGGGCCGGGCCGGCAGGGAGGGCCGGGGAGGGGGCGAGCGGCGCCCCUCCCCCCAGUCCAUCCCGGGGCGAGGAGGCGGAGGAGGAAGAAGAAGGGGGGGGCUAUGCAGCCGCCGCAGCCGCCCCCCUACGAGUUCCUCAGCGAGGAGAACGGGCAGAAGUGGCGGGGGCUCCUCGUGCCGGCCCUGCGCAAGGUUCAGCAGCAAGUCCAUCCCAACCUUUCAGCUAAGGAAGAUUCCCUCUACUACAUUGAGGAAUUGAUCCUUCAGCUUCUAAACAAGCUAUGCAUUGCACAGCCACGGACUUUCCAAGAUGUGGAGGAGCGAGUUCAAAAGACUUUUCCUCACCCGAUUGACAAGUGGGCAAUUGCAGAUGCUCAGUCAGCCAUUGAGAAGCGGAAGCGAAGAAAUCCUCUCCUACUACCUGUGGACAAAAUACAUCCUUUGUUAAAGGUUCUUGGUUAUAAAAUAGAUUAUCAUGUGUCCGUCUACAUUGUGGCUGUACUGGAAUACAUCUCCGCUGACAUCUUAAAACUGGCUGGCAACUAUGUUUUGAACAUACGGCACUUUGACAUUUCCCAGCAGGACAUUAAAGUAUCUAUGUGUGCCGAUAAGGUGUUGAUGGAUAUGUUUGAUCAGGAUGACAUUGGCUUGGUUUCUCUCUGUGAAGAUGAGCCCUCUUCUUCUGGUGAACUCAAUUACUAUGAUCUUGUCAGGACAGAAAUUGCAGAUGAAAAACAGUAUCUGCGGGAGCUGAAUCUGAUCAUAAAAGUAUUUCGAGAAGCUUUCCUGUCCAACAGAAAGUUGUUCACACCUUAUGACAUAGAAAUGAUAUUUAGCAACAUUGUAGAUAUCCACGAAUUAACAGUGAAGCUCUUGGGGUUAAUUGAGGAUACAGUGGAAAUGACUGAUGAAAGCAGUCCUCACCCUCUGGCUGGCAGCUGUUUUGAGGAUCUGGCGGAGGAACAAGCCUUUGACCCAUAUGAAACCUUGUCUCAGGAUAUCCUUUCACGAGUGUAUCAUGAACAUUUUAAUAACUUAAUGGCUAAACCUGCUGUUGCUCUACAUUUCCAGUCAAUUGCUGAUGGUUUUAAAGAAGCUGUACAGUACGUUCUUCCGCGGCUCAUGAUGAUUCCUGUUUAUCAUUGUUUGCACUACUUUGAAUUAUUACAGCAACUGCAAGAGUGUAGUGAAGAUGAAGAAGACUGUGAAUGUUUGAAACAAGCUAUUACAGCGCUCCUUAAUCUCCAGUGUAGCAUGGAACGUAUUUAUAACAAGCAUUCACCUAGACGCCGGCCAGGGGAGCCAGUAUUUUGGUUCUACAACCGCCAGGUAAGAAGCAAGCAUCUGGCCAUAAAAAAAAUGAAUGAGAUCCAGAAAAACAUUGAUGGCUGGGAAGGGAAGGAUAUUGGUCAGUGCUGUAAUGAAUUCAUAAUGGAAGGGACAUUGACCAGAGUUGGAGCCAAACACGAAAGGUAUAUAUUCCUCUUUGAUGGUUUAAUGAUCAGCUGUAAAGCCAACCAUGGACAGUCUCGGCUCCCAGGCUACAGCAACGCAGAGUACCGGCUUAAGGAAAAAAUAGUCAUGAGGAAAGUCCAUAUCGUGGAUAAGGAUGACACAGGCGAAUACAAGCAUGCCUUUGAACUGGUUUCCAAAGAUGAUAACAGCAUUGUGUUUGCUGCUAAGUCUGCUGAAGAGAAGAACAACUGGAUGGCAGCGCUGAUUUCCCUGCAAUAUCGCAGCACCCUGGACCGAAUGUUGGAUGUGGUGCUGUUGCAGGAAGAGAAUGAACAGCCUCUGCGGCUGCCCAGCCCAAGUGUCUACUGUUUUGCAGUGGAGGACUCAGAGGAGAAUAUUGUUUUUGAGGAUAACCUUCAGAGCAGGAACGGGAUUCCCAUUAUCAAAGGUGGAACUGUGGUGAAGCUCAUUGAAAGGCUAACUUAUCACAUGUAUGCAGAUCCUAAUUUUGUACGCACUUUUCUUACUACAUACCGCUCCUUUUGUAAACCACAAGAACUCCUAGGUUUGUUGAUAGAACGAUUUGAAAUCCCAGAGCCUGAGCCAACGGAAGCUGAUAGGCUGGCAAUAGAAAAAGGGGAACAGUCGAUCAGUGCAGACCUCAAAAGAUUUCGCAAGGAAUACAUCCAGCCAGUGCAACUCAGGAUAUUAAAUGUCUUUCGGCACUGGGUGGAACACCAUUUUUAUGAUUUUGAAAGAGAUCAGGAGCUACUUGAUAAAUUGGAAGCAUUUAUUGCCAGCGUGAGAGGCAAAUCCAUGAAGAAAUGGGUGGAAUCCAUUGCCAAGACUAUCAGGAGGAAAAAACAAGCUCAUGCAAAUGGCGUUAGCCACAACAUAACUUUUGAGAGCCCCCCACCCCCAAUUGAGUGGCACAUCAGCCGCCAGUUUGAGACAUUUGACCUCAUGACGUUGCACCCCAUAGAGAUUGCUCGGCAGCUGACCCUCCUAGAAUCUGAUUUCUAUAGGGCUGUUCAGCCAUCUGAACUUGUUGGGAGUGUGUGGACGAAAGAAGAUAAAGAAAUUAACUCUCCAAAUCUGCUGAAAAUGAUCCGGCAUACAACAAAUCUUACUCUUUGGUUUGAAAAGUGUAUAGUGGAAACUGAAAACUUUGAAGAGCGAGUGGCAGUGCUAAGCAGGAUUAUAGAAAUCUUGCAGGUUUUCCAAGACUUGAAUAAUUUCAACGGUGUGCUGGAGAUAGUCAGUGCAAUGAAUUCUGUCCCUGUGUACAGGUUGGAUCACACCUUUGGGGCACUGCAUGAGAGAAAAAAGAAAAUUUUGGAUGAAGCUCUAGAAUUAAGUAAAGAUCACUUUAAAAAAUACCUUGCUAAACUCAAGUCAAUCAACCCACCUUGUGUGCCUUUCUUUGGAAUAUACUUAACCAAUAUUCUGAAGACAGAAGAAGGGAAUCCUGACUUUCUUAAAAGACAAGGGAAAGGAUUAAUCAACUUCAGUAAAAGGAGGAAAGUGGCUGAAAUCACAGGAGAAAUCCAGCAGUAUCAAAACCAGCCUUACUGUUUACAGGUCGAACCAGAUAUACGGAGGUUCUUUGAAAAUCUCAAUCCAAUGGGAAACUUACCAGAAAAAGAGUUUACGGACCACCUGUUCAACAAAUCACAGGAAAUUGAGCCUCGGAACAGCAAGCCCCCUAGAUAUCCCAGGAAGACGACAUAUUCUUUGAAGUCUCCUGGAAUAAGGCCCAAUGCAAGCAGGCAUGGUUCUAUGUCUGGCACUCUGCGGGGCCACCCAACACCUCUUGAGAAGGAGCCCUAUAAGAUCAGUUUCAGCAGAAUCACUGAAGCGGAACAAGAGUCCACAGUGUCCGCACCAACCUCGCCAAGCAUACCAUCCACUCCUCCGGUGUCUGCAUCUUCAGAAAGUGUGUUCCUAGAAAAUGAUCUGAACAGCUCUUUCGGUAGCAACAACAGCAUAUUUGCUCCUGUCCUUUUACCACAGUCAAAGUCAUUCUUCAGUUCGUGUGGGAGUUUGCAUAAAUUAAGUGAAGAGCCACUGGUUCCUCCUCCUUUGCCUCCACGCAAAAAGUUUGACCAGGAUUCUUCUAACUCAAAGGGCAGCUCCAGAUCGGACGAUGAUCCUCCUGCUAUUCCACCAAGGCAGCCACCACCUCCAAAGAUACAGCCACGAGUCCCAGCGUACACUGGUCUGUUUGAUCAGCCACUGCAUAGCCCUCCCCCGCCGCCACCAAGAGACCCUCUACCCGACACCCCUCCUCCAGUGCCCCUUCGUCCUCCAGAGCACUUUGUGAACUGUUCGUUCAAUCUCCAGCCACCACCUGUGGGGCGUUUUCACCGAGAUCCCGACCGGCUCUGGGAGUCAAGCACGUGUCCCAACUCCCCCAACACUCCAAGCACCCCUUCGCCUCGGAUUCUGCGUCGCUGGUGUGUGCUCAGCCCGAAUCCCAACAACCUUGCAGCUCCCCCAGUCCCUCCGCGUCACAAUUCCAGCCCUCAGCUACCAAAACUGCCACCAAAGACUUACAAGAGGGAACUCUCCCACCCUCCUUUGCACAGACACUCUUUGCUAGAGAAUGCGGAAACUCCUCAAUGACCUUCACCACAGUAGUCAUUGACACUGGAAUUGUAGCUGGAACGUUCCCAUGUUCUUUUAAUUUAUUCCAAUAAGGCAGUGUAUUUGAAUGCUAUGGCAAGUCAUGCUUGUACCCAGAGUGCUGUUGAUCAUGACUCAUUCUAAAGUCUUGGAACAGCAAGAACAAACACACCUCCUGGCCUUUGUCUUCACAACCACAGCGUUCUCCUCAGGUGAUCAGUAGCACUGCCUUUUCAUCAUCCUCCUCCUCCUCCUCCUCAGUGCCGAUCGUUUUGCCAGUACCAAGAGUAUAGAUUUUGCACUGUAAAUGACACACUACACUAAUUUCAAACUGACGUCAGUUCAUUGCACUGAGCCCCCCCCCCCCCAAAAAAAGGUUUGCUAGUGGGAAUUCCCCCCACCCCACCCCCAACUGGAGCACGAGCAGCCUUUUCUGCAUUUUUUUAAAAAAGGGGGCAUGAUUCACUGGGAAGUUCUUGAAGGAGGCACAUUGAAAUGAGCAGGCGUCUCACCAGUCAACGGUGCUCUUGUUCAGCUCCUGUUCAUUUCCAUGAAGCUUAUCUGGGAGAACUUCCCAGAGGAUGGAAUUCCCACCCAAGCAUGAAGAUGUAUAUCAUGUUUCUGAUUUUUUGUUUUGUUUUUAACCUCUUUGGCCACUUGCCUUUUUAUUCCAUGAACCCUAAGAGGUUUGUGAAUGACCAUUAUUACUGCUGUUCUCAGAAAUUAGUCAAUAUCAUGUCAUAAUUUCCAUUGAUUUUGCUGCUGAAGAUGACAAGAAAAGGACAAGUGAUUGAAGAAAAACAGAAUGCACUAUAAGAGGCGUUCAUUUGCAGAGAGAGCAAAGGCUGCCUCACCCAGUUAUUGAAGAGUAUUUAGCAUGCUUCAGGUUUAGUUGUGCCUUUUCCCCGUUUGGGCAGGCAGAGGUAUCUUCAGUGAAAAGUUGCCUGCUGUUUUGGUGAACAAAGCUAUUAUGCCAUAUUAUGUACAGUUGUUUAUAGUGUAUAUUUACAGAUUAAUAACCUGUAUACAUUUCUGUGACUUGAGGCCUAUUCUGCAGUCUGUUACUCCUGUACACAGUUAAAAGCAUUUCCCUACACACCAGGAACAAAUUUUUGCCUUCUGGACUCAAAAUAACUUCCUUUUAGAUACUCACUUUCAUUAUGUGGAGUCCCUUUUGGAAACAUGGUGUUUAAACCAGCAAAUGCCGAAUAAUUUUUAUUUUGACUUUUUAAAAACUUAUGAGAGACACCUUCCUUUGGCCAGCAGGACUCUGCAUUCUUUAGUUGAAGCUGGCAAACUAGAAGAGUCUGGUUCCAAGUACUGUAGAAUCCAGAAGCCUUUUCUUGACUGGUUUGUGGCCUUUUUCCUGUGCUUUGUAUCAGAGUUCUUAACCAGAUUAAUAAAUCAACUCAGUCUUAAUUUU